GCCGCCGUUCAGGCCCAACAGUCCCCGCCGCGGCCCAGCCCCGCGAUGCUGUGUCUCCUGCUGCUCCUCUCGGGCCUGGGCCGGCUGAUCUCCGCGGGCCACCAUUCUGAAGCAGCCCUUCUGCAGGUGACGGUGCCGCAGAGGACGCGGACAAACGCCAGUGAUGAGGACGCUUCAGAAACGCAUGUCACUUAUUUAAUCAAAAUUGAGGGGAAAACAUAUUCUCUCCUACUCACAAAACAGUCAUUUUUACACCCACAUUUCCUGGUGUAUUCAUACAACCAAUCAGGAGCAUUGUAUCCAGAUUCUUCAUUUACACAGGGUCAUUGCUUUUAUCAAGGAUAUGCUGCAGAAAUUCCAAAAUCAAUUGUGACACUAAACAUUUGCUCUGGACUCAGAGGAUUGUUGCAGUUUGAGAGUAUCAGUUAUGGAAUUGAACCAUUGGAAACUUCAUCAACAUAUGAGCAUAUGCUUUAUCAAAUAAAGGAUAAUAAAAUCAAUCAUUCCCUCUUACAAGAAAAUUAUCCUAUGACUCAGUACGCAGAUCAGUCCGACAGGAUUCUUGUCAGAUCAGAAGUGAGUUCUCCCUUUUAUGAUAUCUUCAUUUGUGUUUACUUUUAUAAACUUAUUCACUUUGAAAUUUUGAGAUUUGAUACAUUUGGAAAGCAAAUAUAAAUUGAUAUUCAUUAUAUAAAAAGUUUCUAUUGUAGUGUAUUUGUUUUAAAUAUUUUUCUUAUUCAAAUAAUAUUUAGAAAAUCUAAUAGAUAUAGAAAUGCAUAAUUUAAAAAUCAUCAAAGUUUUUACAGUGUUUUUCAAGUUGCAAGAAUUUUUAUGCAAGUAUACGUAGUUGCUUUUCACUGAAUUUGCAUCCUACUAAUAAAACGAUUCUCAAAUUUUCUCAUUAUUACUUUGUAAGCAUUUUCUUUUCCAGUACAUUUUCUUUGUUUAGAAAACCUCAUUGUCCAGAAAUAGUGCUCUUAGAAUUUUGGAGCAUUUGUUCUAAUUGCCUUAAUAUGCCUAAUUAUAAAUGUAUAUGUAUAAAGGCAUAGUUUUUUUAAACAAAAAAUGAUUUAGCGAUACACAUUUCUUUGAAGUUUCCACUUUGCUCCUAAGAGGAUAAUGCACAUUUUACAUAUUAUUAAAUUUAGUUACAUUUAUUAUUUUUAAAUUAAAUAACAUUGGUUAAUAUAUAUAUUAAAAUAUUAAAUAUAUACAUAUAUAAGGAAAAAGUAACCAUUUUCUAAAGCAAAAUGUAUUGCAGAAUGCCCUGCUGUCAUUUUGAUAUAUAUAUUCUUUUAUACUGUUUCCUACAUAUUAACCUUAGUUCAUACAUUUUAUCAAAUUAUAUCAUAUUUUAUAUAUUUAUAUGUUUUUAAAUAGAUAAACUGCAUGAAUGUACCAGAUUUAUGAGCAAUCACACUUUUCUUAUAAAUAAUUGCAUCUAACAGUGGGGCAUAUUUCCAAAGGUUUUUGAUGUAUAUUAAUUUCUCCCUUUUGAAUAUUUGUACAACUUUACAUUUGAUCAUCAGUGUUAAAUAAAUAAAUUUCUGUUCACACAUUCUCAUCAAUACUGGAUCUCACAUUCAAAGGAAGUAAAACAAAAUAAAAAUGAAUAAAACUUGAAGUUAAUAUAUGA